AACUUCCUUCAAUUUGUAUAUAGUUAUAUCGUGAAUCGCUUUGUAAUUACACUAAAAUGAGUGAAACAAUUCUACCAAAAUAUAUUCAAGAUCAUUUGGAUCGAAUUAGCAGGGAAAAUGGUUUUAUUGAUUAUUCGAUGGAAGUGAAACAAGGCACACAAGUUGGAGAGGGAUUUAUGAGUGAAUUAUCGUGCAUCACUAUUACGGAGCGAAACGACGAAAAACAAUUGCACCUUAUAUGCAAGGUGGCACCGUUUGCCAAGAAUCGCCGAAAGGAAUUUAUUUCGGAUAUGGCAUUUGCUCGUGAGGCUGAUUUUUAUACCAAAGUUAUGCCAUGUUUUGAUAAAUUCCAAAAAGAAAAAAGCCUAUCGAAGGAUGACCAAUUUUUGUCAUAUCCAAAGUGCUAUGGUGCAACAAUCGAUCAUGAAAAUGAGCACUAUGCAAUAAUUUUAGAAGAUCUUCGUCCGCAACAAUUUAAAAUGUGGCCCAAAGUUAAAACAUCACCGAUUGAAAAUGCCAGGCUGUCGAUGCGUGAAAUUGGUAAAUUUCAUGCGCUCUCAUUUGCAAUGAAAGACCAAAGACCACAGGAAUUUGCUGAAUUUAAAAAAUUUACGGAUCUUUUCAAACAUUUCUUUGAGUCGAAAACCAGUCAAGUUAUGCUUGAGACUUCAUACGAUCAAGCUAUUGCAGCACUAAAACGUGAAGAUCAUAAGAAUAUCUUGAGAAAAUUAAAGGAUAACUUUUUAGAAUAUUUCGAUGAAUGCCUCAACGAAAAAUCGGCAAAUUAUUUCGGAGUGAUUUGCCAUGGCGAUUUUUGGAACAAUAACAUUUUAUUCAAAUUCGAUGAAAAUGAUAUUGCCCAAGAUAUUCGAUGUUUAGAUUGGCAAAUUCUUCGUUAUGGCUCACCAGCAAUCGAUAUAGUUUACAAUCUCUUCACGUCCACCGAUAAAACACUACGGGACAAGGAUUAUGACAAUUUACUUCAAUUAUACUAUAAAUCAUUGUCGAAAACCAUAAGACUCCUGGGAAGUAAUCCGGACGAAUUGUUUACGUUUGAUAAUUUGCAAUUUGAAUUAAAACGAUGUGGUCUUUAUGUACCUUUGCUAGCGCCAAUUCUGAUACAAAUCUCUCAGGCAUCAUUAAGUGAUUUAACGAAUUUGGAUGAUAUGUGUGAUAAAGCAGUGAAUGGAGAAAAAAAUUCCGAUGGUUUAGUUGGUGACUUGAGCGGAAAAGCCCAACUGGAAUUUGAGAGACGCUUGAAUGGUGUCUUUGAAGAUGUUGUCGAAUUGGGAUAUUGUGAAAAGAUUUUGUAAACAAGCCAACACAAUUAUUUGAAUGAAAUAAAAUACAAUAAAAACUGACAUUUUUUUUCUUGCAAA